AUGCCACCCAAGUCAGCGGCUACGGCGUCGCAACCUUCAGGUUCCGAGCCCGGCAGCAGCAAACAAGGCGAUGCAGAUCAUCCCACCGAUGUGCCUUCGUACCUUCGCUCGCUGUCAAAAUCACAACUUGCUGCGGCUACCCACCCGCCGACGGCAUGCUUGCAGAUCCUUGCCGGCCCAGGCUCGGGCAAGACGCGCGUGCUCACUUCCAGAGUCGCGUGGUUGAUCCUGGACCCGAGCAACCGCCUCACGCCCGAGGACAUCCUGGUCGUCACCUUCACCAACAAGGCCGCCAACGAGAUGAAGUUGCGCCUGGUCAAGCUGAUCGGCAAGGAGCGCGUCGACAACCUCGUCAUCGGCACCUUUCACUCUGUAUGCGCCCGAUAUCUACGAAAGUACGGCCGUCUGAUCUCGUUGCCCAACAACUUCACCAUCAUCGACUCUGACGACGCCAAGCGCAUGCUCAAGGCCAUCAUCAAGGAGCUCAAACCCGAGCUGGACAAGGAGCACAUCUCGCUCAAGCCGGAAGAAGCCAUGUCGGAGAUCUCCAAGGCCAAGGCUCGCGAGAUCGAUCCCGUCAGAUACAGACAGCUCGCCGAUGAGGAGGCUGCCAGGGCGCAAGCCAAGAAGGCAGCCAUCGGGAGGCAGUUCACAGGGUCGGCCCCGUUCAAAGCGAUCAUCUCUACGAUCUAUCAAAUGUAUCAGGAGCAGCUCGUCGAGGCCAACGCGCUCGACUUUGACGACUUGCUCGUGUAUGGCGUCCAGCUCUUCCGGCGACAGAAUCAGGUGGUGCGUAACAUCCGACACGUGCUUGUCGACGAGUUCCAAGAUACCAACGUCACCCAGUACGAGCUCAUGCGCCUCGUGGCGUACUCUUCGCAGGCGGUCAGCAUCGUCGGGGAUCCUGAUCAGAGCAUCUACGGCUGGCGCAGCGCCGAAAUCGGCAACCUCGACAAGAUGACAAGGGAGUUCAAAGGGACUCAGCAGGCGCGCCUCGAGGAGAAUUACCGCAGCACCGGCGCCAUCCUCGAGCUUGCGCUGCGCGUGGUGCAGCAGGACACCUCACGCGUGCAGAAGGACCUGUACACCUCACAUCCUCGCGGUCCGCCAGUGGUGCUCAAGUGCCACGGGUCCGCCCAGCUCGAGGCCGCCUACAUUGCGUCCGAAAUCAAGCGGCUCGUCGCACACUCGGGAGGCAUGCUCGACUACAACGACAUCGCCAUCCUGUUACGCUUCAAUUAUCUCUCCCGCAGUAUCGAGGCCGAGCUGCAAGCUAGGGGCAUCGACUCGAGGAUGAUGGGCGGGCACAAGUUCUUCGACCGCAUGGAAGUCAAGGACCUGCUCGCCUACCUCGCCCUUGCAGACAACCCCGGCUUCACGCCCGCCUUCAUCCGCGUCGUCAACGUGCCCAAGCGCGGCAUUGGCGAAAAGAGCGUGACCGACCUGCUGAACAUGGCUAAAGCCGAGGGGUGCAAGCCCAUGGAACUCGCCGAACGCGUCGUGCGGGGCGGCAAGAAUCCAGGCAUCAAGCCCGCCGUCAAGAAAGGGCUCAAGGAGCUCGUGGACGCCACCGUGGUUGUGAGAGAGGCGGCCAGCUCGGGCGAGCCUGUGUCCAAGCUUAUUGAACUGCUCAUCGACAAGAUCAACUACGAAAACUACCUCAAGGCGCAGCAAGACUAUGAGUCCCGCUGGGGCAACGUGCAGGAGCUGAUCUCCUUUUCCGCCGUUGUGGCGCAGAACACGGACCCAGACGCGAAUGCGCCAAGAGUUCCGCUGGAGGAGAUGCUGUCGCACACGCUUUCGAAUCAGGAAGAGCGCGUCGAUGACAAUAGCGAACAGGAUGACGACUUCGAAGAGGUAGAGAUCAAGCCCACGAAAAAAAGCAAUGUGCGCUCGACACACCCGAUGUUCGACAAGAAGGGAGGCGCGGAAACAUCAACACGGCCGCGUGCCCCCGUCAAGAGAGAAGUCAUCGAUCUUUGCGACUCAGAAGAGGAAGAAACAGAGUCAAAGCCGCAAGCAAAUCACCCGGAAGAAGACCUAAAGCCAGGCCCGGCCAAGAGGCCGCGGACGCAGAAGAAAGAGGUCGAGAAAGAUCUCAUCGAAGAGGAUCAAGAGGACGAGAAGCCAUCGCUGCUCACGAUGCUCGACGAGGUCGUGGAGAAGAAAGGCACGCAGGAGGGAUCACAGGCGGGGGAUGCAUCUGAUGACGAGCGCAAGACGCCACUGCGUGUAUUCCUGGAGGCUUCGAUCCUGGCCACGGACAUGGAUGCAGACAACGAGCAGAAGGACGAGAAGGCGAGACCCAAAGUCACGCUUUCCACCUGCCAUGCGGCCAAGGGACUGGAGUGGCCCGUGGUGUUCAUUCCUGCGAUCGAGGAAGGCUGUUUUCCGUCUUUUCGAUGCCACAAGCCAGAAGAGAUCGCCGAGGAGCGCCGUCUUCUCUACGUCGCCAUGACGCGCGCCGAGGGCGUACUCUACCUCUCGCACGCCACGGCGCGCAUGCAGGGCGGCGAGACGCAGGACAAGAUCCUAAGCAACUUUGUUGCAGCGGUCGCACCCAAACGCAACGGCGGGUCGUGCGAAGCGAAAAAGGCGAUUCAGUUCUGUACCGAUCGGCCUGAGCUGGACUUGGACGCUGUGCGCACGGUGGCAAAGGUCACUGGUAAGCCAGCGCCGAGCGAGGAGCUGGUGGAGAAAGCCGUGAAAGAAUGGAAGAAAACGUCCGGCAAGGAAUUGGAGCAGGUGGACCAGAUGAACAUUGGCCGCAUGACCGGUUUUGGGACGUAUUCAAGCUAUGGCGGCGCGGGCGGGUACACGUCGUCGGGCGUGCACAGAGGCGCGACGGGCGGCUGGAACUCGCAGAUGGGAUUCGGGCUCUACAGCGAUGAUCGGCUCAGCACGCACGGCGAAGGAAGCUCGAGCGAUCAGGAGCUCAGGCGAAAGCUUGGCUUCUCCGCGCCUACCAUUGGCGGCUUCUCAUCCGCCAUCGACGAAGGCGCCUCCCCUCCGCCAGCAUUUUCGGGCUUUCAGCGCGCCUCCUCCCUGGCUGGAGGCCGCAGCGGUGCUACCAGCUCUGGUGGUGGAUUGGGUGCGUUCUCAGGUCGGCCACCGCCAGGCGGCUUUGGCAAUGGCCGACAAAAGCAGCCUUUGGUGCCUCCAUCCAGGCAGGCGCAGGCGCAGCCUCCCGCUCCGCCCUCGUUUACGGAUGCCGUGCGGCUCAAAGCACGACCGGAAGACUCGGUGGCGUUGGCGCGCGAGGACGGCACGGCGCCCAGACCGCGUGCGGAUCUGAACAGCUUCCAGCAGGCUCACUCGCAGGGCAUCAGCAGCAUGCUCAGCAUGCUGCCUGCAGACUCAAAUGCUGGUGGCGGAUCACGCGCCUCGCCCAUCGAGGUGUCGGACCCGAACGGUAAUGGCGAUGGCGGCUCGAGUAGCACCGGCAACGGAUCGAACGGCAAUGCGCGAGGACGUCGGCGGCUUGGCAUGAGUCGUCGCUUCUAA